UGUGCGUAAACGCGUAUAUGUGUGUGAUGAGAUGAGAUGUAGUGAGGGUUGGGACAGGAAGGAUUAGCCGGAGGGAGGGAUGACUGAAUAACGAGGAGAGUUACACCUACCCCACCGCCGACCGAUUUAGUGAGCCGUGUGCGGAGAAAAGGAGCGACACAAGGAAAAGGACGAGGGGAGAAGAAUCCUUUUGGGACGCGGUCGUUUCGGAUUUCUAUUUUUUGGCGUAUAAAAAGGGACGAUCCGGAUUUAUGAUUGGAAAGGUCCAUGUUGCUGCUUGUAAGGAUGUUCUCUCAGGGCUAUUUGUUGGCUCCGCUUGUGUUACUGGCUGCUCUUUCCAACUUCCCCAGUAAAGCACAAGAUCAAGUUCCAGCUCCGAGGAGGCUGCGAUUCAAAGUGCUGAAGCCAAAUAAUUUGCUCGUCUCGUGGAAGGAGCCUAAAGGCAACUUUGACAGCUACUUGUUCCUCUACAACAGCAUACCAGGUGGCCAACAGAAGGAGAUCAUCAUAUCAAAAACUGGCAGUAAAAUGUUGAUAGCAGACUACGACCCAUCCAAGGACUAUGUUGUCAGUGUAAUUUCUGUCAGCGGCAGCACUCAGAGCAAAGCGCUGCUGGGCCGAUUUAAAGCGAUUGAGAGGGGCGACGGUGAUGGAGAAGGUGAAAUGGAGCCACAGCGUCUGACCGAUUCAUUUGUUCUUCCAGAAGAUGUCAAUGAGAUCUCUGGAGUGGACCAGUUUGUGUGUCACACGGAGUCCAUAGCAGACAUUGUGAUCCUGGUAGAUGGUUCCUGGAGUAUUGGUCGGCUCAACUUCCGACUGGUGCGAAUAUUUCUUGAAAACCUGGUUAACGCCUUUGACGUCGCCAUUGACAAGACCAGGAUCGGUCUGGCUCAGUAUAGUGGUGAUCCCAGGAUAGAGUGGCACCUAAAUGCGUUCACUACCAAGGAAGCCGUUAUUGAUGCUGUCAAGAACCUUCCUUACAAAGGAGGAAAUACUCUCACCGGGCUUGCACUGUCCUAUAUCUUAGAGAAUUGUUUCAAGCCUGAGUCUGGUGCCCGUGUUGGCGUACCUAAGAUUGGGAUCCUCAUUACCGAUGGGAAGUCUCAGGAUGAUGUUAUACCUCCUGCAGAAAGCCUGCAAAAAGCUGGGGUUGAGCUGUUUGCUAUUGGUGUAAAGAAUGCUGAUGAGAAUGAGCUGCGCUCCAUCGCCUCAGAGCCAGAUGACUCUCAUGUAUAUAAUGUCGCUGACUUUCAUGUUAUGAGCUCCAUUGUAGAAGGACUGACCAGAACAGUGUGUGAACAAGUGGAGCAACAAGACAAGGACAUCAAGGAGCAACAUCCACCAGAAAGUAUUGGACCACCGUCAGACUUGGUGACAUCAGAGGUCACAGCUAGGAGCUUUCGAGUUAGAUGGCAUCACUCCCCUGGAAAUGUAGAGAAAUACAGAGUGGUCUAUUUUCCUGUUAAUGGGGGACAACCCCAGGAGUCUGUUGUAGACGGCCGCGACAACUCCGUGGUGUUGCAGCAUCUCAACUCACAGACCGAAUACCAGCUGUCCGUGUUUGCAGUGAAUGAAAACGAGGCCAGUGAACCACUAAGAGGUUAUGAAACAACCCUGGCUCUUCCCACUGUGACAGGCCUCCAGCUGUUAGAGGUGACUCACAACAGCAUGAAAGCAAGAUGGGACAGUGUGAAGGGGGCGUCAGGAUACAUGUUGCUUUAUGCACCACUCACAGAUAACGGAGACUUGGGCGAGAAAGAGAUCAAAGUGUCAAAAGCAGUGAAGGAGCUGAAUCUCGAUGGUCUGAGCCCCCACACUGAGUAUACUGUCACUGUUUAUGCUAUGUACGGAGAUGAGGCCAGCGACCCUAUUACAAACCAGGAAACGACCUUACCACUGAGCGCACCUAGGAACCUCCAGUUCUCUGACAUCACUCACAACUCGGCACGCAUCAGCUGGGACCCAGCUGCCAGUGGAGUUACUGGUUAUCGAAUCAUGUGGGUUAAGUCAGAUGGGCGAGUCACUGAGGAGGUGGAAGUUGGUCCCGUGAGUUCUUAUGACCUCAGUGGACUGACAUCCCUGAUGGAGUACUCAGUGGCUCUAUUUGCUCUUUAUGAUGAAGGCCAAUCAGAUCCACUCACUGAUGGAUUCACUACAACUCCUGUUCCAGGUCCUCUUCAUUUCCGUUCCAGUGAUGUCAGUUCAGACAGCUUUCAGGUCAGCUGGGAUCACUCAUCAGAUGACAUCAUCGUCUAUAGACUCUCCUGGGCACCGCUCACAGGUGGCAACACAAAGGAGGUGGUCCUGAGUGGGAGUGAUAACCAAUACACUUUGAGAAAUCUGAAUCCUUCCACUGUAUAUGAAGUUAUGGUGAUGGCAGUUUUCAAAGAUCAGUCAGAGAGCGACGCUGUCUCUGUCACAGAAACUACAUUGGCCAAGACAACAACGAUUGCCACCACAACCACUGCCCCCCGCCAAGCUGUGAGAAACCUUCGUCUGAAUCAUGAGACCACGCAGAGCCUUAAGGCAUCAUGGGAAUUGAACGACUCCCGCGUGGAGAGCUACAGGCUGUCCUAUGCCAGACUCGGGGCCGAUCACAAUGAGGAAACAGUGUUAGUUCCUGGAAGUCAGAAAAGUGUGCUUCUCGAGUCCUUACUUCCUGACACGCAGUACAAAGUAACUAUCACACCAGUGUACAGUGGAGGGGAUGACGGCAUCACUGUGUCAGCAGAAGGGAGCACAUUGCCUCUCUUGUCUCCUGAAAAUCUUCGUGCAUCAGAGGAGUGGUACAACCGCUUCAGAGUCUCCUGGGAUCCUCCAAAGGCUGCUGCUUUUGGUUACAAGAUCCUUUACCAGCCAGUCCAUGUACCAGGGAGCGUUUUGGAGAUGACCGUUGGUGAAGACGUUAACUCGAUUCUCCUCCUGAAUUUACAAAGUGGCACAGAGUACAGCGUUCAAGUGACCGCGUCCUACCCAUCAGGACAAAGUGAACCGUUGCUGGUGAACACUAAGACAUUGUUCCUGGGUAUCUCUGACUUGACAGUCUACCAGGCGCGCCACAACAGCAUGUGUGUCCAAUGGCAACCUCAUCUGCAUGCUACAAAUUACAGAGUCUCCAUCCAGUCGACACUCAACAGUCAGCGACAGGAAGUGAGUCUCGAAGGCGGGGCUUCCCGACAGUGCUUCUACGACCUUUUUCCAAGCAGCCAAUAUGAGAUCAGCAUUCGCACACAAAUGCAAGAAAUGGAAGGACCUCCCAUCUCCGUCACUGACAUGACAUUGCCUGCGCCCACUCAGGCUCCAACUGAACCCCCUGCCACGGAGCCCCCUCCCACCAUUCCACCAGCCAAAGAAGUAUGUAAGGAGGCCAAGGCGGACUUGGCCUUUCUGGUUGAUGGCUCUUGGUCCAUUGGAGAUGACAACUUCAUGAAGAUCACUAAUUUCCUGUAUAGUACCAUUGGAUCACUGGAUCAAAUUGGGACAGAUGGCACCCAGGUGGCCAUAUGUCAAUUCAGUGAUGAUGCUCGAACAGAGGUCCAGCUGAGUUCCCAUGGCGACAAAGAAGAGCUGCUUGAAGCAAUUCAGAGGAUCAAAUAUAAAGGAGGCAACACAAAGACAGGUCGUGCUAUUAAGCAUGUAAAGGAGUCCAUUUUCACCUCAGAUGCUGGAGCCAGGAAGGGGGUACCCAAAGUCCUGGUUGUGCUCACUGAUGGGCGUUCGCAGGAUGACGUCAAUAAAGUGUCCAUGGAAAUGCAGAUGGAGGGAUACAUCAUUUUUGCAAUUGGCUUUGCGGAUGCAGAUUACGGGGAACUAGUCAAUAUUGCCAGUAAGCCUAGCGACAGGCAUGUCUUCUUUGUGGACGAUUUGGAUGCUGUGAAAAAAAUCGAGGAGCAGCUCAUUACUUUUGUCUGCGAGGCAGCCACUGCCACUUGUCCAUCCAUUCUAAUGAGUGGAAACAGCAUGGCAGGUUUUCGCAUGAUGGAGAAGUUUGGUUUGGUGGAGAAGGAGUACAGCACAAUAUCGGGAGUUUCUCUAGAGCCCGGCUCAUUCAACAGCUUCCCAUGUUACAGGUUACACCGUGAUGCUCUGGUGUCGCAGCCCACCAAGUACCUUCAUCCUGAAGGUUUACCAUCUGACUACACCAUCUCUAUGAUGAUCCGCCUGCUUCCCGAGACUUCGCAGGAGCCGUUUGCAUUAUGGGAAAUCCUCGAUAAGGACACCAACCCGGUGGUGGGACUCACCUUGGACCACUCUGUGAAAAGUUUGACAUUCUUCAACUACGACUACAAAGGGGAAUUUCAAACUGUCACCUUUGAAGAAACUCAAAUAAAAAAAGUCUUCCACGGCAGUUUCCACAAGCUCCAUGUAACCAUCAGUAAGACGGCAGUGAAGGUGACAUUGGACUGCGUUGCAGUUGGGGAAAAAGCUAUUAGUGCAGCUGGGAACAUCACCACGGAUGGCGUGGAAGUCCUUGGUCGCAUUGUGCGGUCUCAAGGCAGAAGAGAGCACUCUGCCACGUUUCAACUCCAGAUGUUUGAUAUCAUCUGCAGUACAUCGUGGGCAAGCAGGGAUAAGUGUUGUGAACUGCCAGCUUUGCGAGUUGAGGAGGAUUGCCCUUCAAUGCCUCAGGCCUGCACUUGUUCUCAAGAAAGCAAGGGACCGCCAGGACCUUCCGGACCUCCCGGUGGUCCGGGGAUACGAGGCACACGAGGAGACAGAGGGGAACCUGGAGUGACGGGGCCUCCAGGACCUGUUGGAGAGGCUGGGUCUGCUGGACCACCAGGACUGCCUGGUCCUCAGGGACCCAGUGGGCUCUCUAUUCAAGGGCCUCCGGGUGCUGCUGGGGAGAAGGGAGAAACGGGUGAGAUCGGCCCAGCCGGUCCAAUGGGUGUUCCUGGAAGUCAGGGUUCCCCUGGUAGGGAUGGUCCCCCUGGAGUGAGGGGCCUGCCAGGUAACAAUGGACCUCAAGGUCGACAAGGGCCGCCGGGCCCCCUUGGUGCCCCAGGUGCACCUGGAGCUCCAGGACCGAUUGGAUCAGGAGGUCCUCAAGGGGAGCAAGGACCUUCUGGUCCUGCUGGUAUCAAAGGAGAUAAAGGAGAAAGAGGUGACGUACAGUCCCAAGCUGCAGUGCGCGCUAUAGCGAGACAAGUGUGUGAGCAGCUUAUCCAGAACCACUUGUCGCGUUACAACUCCAUCCUGAACCAGAUCCCAGUCCAGUCAGCUACGUCAGUGCGUACAUUGCCCGGACCCCCAGGUGAGCCCGGCAGGAGAGGACCCCCAGGACCACAGGGGGAACAAGGACCAACUGGGAGGCCCGGUUUCCCCGGUGCUAAUGGGCAGAGUGGCCGGCCGGGAGAGAGAGGUUUAGCAGGUGAGAAGGGUGAAAGGGGGAGUCCAGGUGUUGGGAAUCAAGGACCAAGGGGACCCCCAGGGCCACCAGGCUUACCUGGUGAGGGGCGUACGGGGACUCAGGGGCCCCUCGGUCGGCCUGGGAACCCGGGUGCCCCAGGGAGGCAUGGUAAUCCGGGUUCUGCUGGACCGGCUGGACCACCAGGUUACUGUGACCCAAAUUCUUGUUUGGGGUAUAAUGUUGGAGUCCAAACUUUGCCUCACGGUGGCUACCAACCCUACAAUCAAGCCUACAAUCAACUCUACAACCAGGCCUACAACCCUGCUGCAGUAGCUUACAACAAUGACCAAGGAGGCCAAGAUGACCAGGAAGAAGGAGAGGAGAGUGAAGAGGAACCUUAUUAUCGGAGUUACCCCCAUGGGCCUUAUCGCUAUGGUUACCCUUCACACCCUUCCCACUCGGAAGAUGUGGAACUGCGUUCACCUGGCGUGGUCAGGAGAUUUUCCCGCGAUGUCAUCGUCAUGGAAGAGAGUGAGAGCAAGAGCAAGGACGCACUCCCCUCAAGCGCUUGACUUCUACACAAAUGCAUACACAUACAUCAGAAGAUGUAGCAAGACACCCCCGCCUCUAUCCUCUCCCAGUGAUGAAACAAUGUAAAUAUCUCUGUGGACUCUUGUAUAAUAAUGCAAAAAGUGCCUGAUCUAUGUUUGUUUUCAGUGUCAAGGUUAGCCGACCUACAGAAAACUGUUUAAAUAUUUAUUCAAUGCCCUUGAUACACAUCUAAACGUUCUUGUACUAAGCUAUUGCACUUGAACCUUACUUAGGCUAUUGAAUAAAUGUUCGAGCAGCUUUCCAUAACUUCGCACUCAUCUUAAUGUACUGUACGUCUCCUUGUAUUUAAAAAAUAUGAAUGACGAUGUGUUAAGGUUUUGUACAGGCAGCGUUUUCUGUCGUCUAAACUUAUUGGUUCCAGCGUGUUCAUCUUUCAGGUUGUGUUCACACUUGGUUUGGUUGAAAAAGAAGCCUGCUGGGAUUACUGUGCAACAUGUAAUUUUGCUCUGCUUGCAAGUUGUGUGAAGUGGUUAACUUGAGCCCAAAUAUGAAUGCAACACAGAAUAGAAUUAAACUGACAGCAAACAGCAUAAACACAGCACAGAUAUUCAACUCCUCCCUUCUACUUGUCACCAUCUUUACGUGGGUGAGCGUUGGGUAGGCGCGGGUCCAACAGUGCUUUGUAAAAUACAUUUUACAAGCUCGUUAGUGACAUGGUAAGGGGAAAUAUAUAACAAAACUACAACCCAGUGCAGACACCUUUUCUGACGGCAUUUUGUCCUCUCCUCCAAUGUCUGUAGGACUGUAUAUUAGAACACUCUCAUGGCACAAUAUCAAUGUCUCAAUUGAGUUACUGUGAUUGAAAUUUGGACCGAUUUAAUGGAUAACGAUGCUGUUACGAUGACGACAGGUUACUUUUACCUCCUUUCAUCUAGUAGACAUAUAUUUAUCCUGUCUUUCACCCUGUCUCUGAGAAAGAUGGAAAGAUGAAGAUUAAUUUUACUAGUCUAUAUCACAUUACAUUUAGUUUCAGUUUCAGUUUAUUCACACAUCGCAUCAUGGUACACACAAGAACAUGGUCAUAUAUACAAGCAGUUCAUCUGACAAGAUGCAUGAAAGGGACACUCUAAUAAGCUAUUUAAAGCCUUUAGUAGGGGCCCAGCCAAAAAGCACACACAUACACACCUCCAUACACAUACAUACAAUUAACUAUGGAAAUUUUCGGUAACACUUUAUAAUAGCUAUCCAUUUUACUAGUUAAUAGAUCAUUAGUAAACUGUUGAUAAAUAAUUUCUUGAAUUGUGAAGUAUUUGUUAACAGUUUGUUAAGCAUUUACAGCAGGGGUCAGCAACCUUUUUGGUGUGGAGUGCCACUUUCAAAUUUUCUUGUCAAUCAGUGUGCCACCCCAAGAUUUAUGACGCGCAACCGAAUUUUUAUAUUCAGCAGAGCUGGAAUUUUACUCCAAACAAAAAAAACAUGGACAUACAUCUAAUUUGUAUAACUACCAUUCGUCUUCAUCAAUUAACUAAAAACUAAUGCAUAUUGUCGAAAAUAUCAAAACUUGAAAAUAAGUGCAACAGUAAUAACAGCUGUACAGCUGCACCAUUUUAUGCAAACAUAUCACACACACACACCCCAGCACGCAAAGGGGAACAGGUGUGAUUCUCAGUGCAGGUCUCUCACAGUACAGAGAGCCUUCAAAGUCAGAACAGCCGACUCUUACAUUUUGUCUUGUUCACUAGCAACUUAAACAGUGAAUGAUAUGCACAAUUUUAGAUUUUAUAUUACAAAUAUAAAAGAUACCUACUUUAAUGUGUUCCUUGGCCCUGCUUUCUAUGAAUUUUCAUGUUUUGUCUCAUAGUGGCAUUUGACACUUGUUGUGCGACACACAACUCUCUCGAGGCAUAAUGCACAAAAAGAGCUACCAGAAGUAACCAGGCAACCAGUUGUUACCGGUAUCCCCAAGGGGCCGCUGUCCCCUACAAUAUGAUCGGCUUGCUAGUUAAGCUUAGAAGAAGAAUUGGGCGUCUGGGCGAGAAAAAGAGAGGGAGCGAAGGAAGGUGUUGAGAGAGAGCGGAGAGCGCCGUGAAAAGGAGA